UAAAAGGCAAAUGGCCGUCCGAGUGUACAAGCGGUUUACGCGUAUGACGUUGUUCCGUGAACGGUAACCGAUGGACGGGAUAUGUAAAAUACGCGUCGCGUACCGAUCGUUCGUUAAAGUAAGCGUGAUGUGAUCGACCACGCGGAAGCGUGAACGGUUGUUUCCGUGGCCGGCAAUGGACGGUGAAAAGGCCAUUGCGGUGAUGAAAUCGGUGUCGGAGGGUGAGCUGGGCGUGGAAGAGGUUAAAUUGUCCGAAGCGAAAACACGAGAUUCCGUAUCGCGAUUGAAACGUACGUUCACGUUGCCGAGGAAUCCGUUUCAAAGUGCCGGGAGAAUGUCACGGCGACGUUCGAAGCAGAAUCGCGAUACGAAAGACAGCGGCUGCGGGAUGAGCACCAAGGAGAGAAACAAUAUGCAGCAGCAAGUAGAAAGCAUGCAACAAAAUAUGGGCCGAUUGCACGGUGGUGGUGGUCAAAGCUAUCCAGAGAGACCCGGUGUGAAGAAAGUGUUUCGCAGACCGUCCUGGAGGAAGUUCAUCAACAAGAUGGUACAGCACAUGUCGAACGUGGCUACCCAGAACCAUAAAACGUCUCGCAGAGACGAUCUCGGGUCCAGUGCCGGAGAUAUAAGGGUGCCUCCACCUAGACCGGCGCAUAUACCGCCCGAUAAAGUACCAGGGGUGAUUGGUUUACGCAAUCACGGUAACACGUGUUUCAUGAACGCCGUGCUACAGUGCCUAUCGCAUACCGACAUACUCGCCGAGUAUUUUGUCUUGGAUCAGUACAAGGUCGAUUUGUCUCGACGGAAUAAAUUGAACUCGAAGAAAUACGGGACGAAAGGAGAGAUCACCGAACAGUUGGCCCUGUUGUUGAAGGCUAUAUGGAGUUGCCAGUACGAUCCCGAGAUGAGCACGGCGUUUAAGAGUGUCGUCGAUAAAUACGGAAGUCAGUAUCGGGGAAAUUUGCAGCACGAUGCUCAAGAGUUCUUGUUGUGGCUGCUGGACAAAGUGCACGAGGACCUAAAUCAAGCAACCAAAAAAAAGUAUAAGAUCAUCAAGAAUUCGUUUGGGAGACCGGACGACAUCGUAGCGGCGGAAACGUUAGCGAAUCAUGUCCGGUGCAACAAUUCGUUCGUGCACGCGGUGUUCCAAGCCCAAUUUCGGUCUAGUCUGACUUGUCCAAGAUGUCACCGCCAGUCGAAUACGUUCGAUCCUUUCCUGUGCGUGUCGGUGCCGGUUCCUCAGAAUCAUCGACAGAUCUACCUUUUCGUGAACGUAUUGUACACGUCGCAGCAACCGCGGCAAGUAAAGAUCGGCGUGAGCGUGAAUCAGGCGGCCAACGUGAGAGAACUGAGGGAUAUUUUGGCCAGCGACACGGGCAUCGAGGAUAAUCACAUGUUACUCACGGAAAUCCACGACGAAGGAUUUCACAGAACUUUCUCAGAUUGCCAACCUCUGUCCGUUAUCGCGGAAAUCGACCCACUCUACUGUAUAGAACUGCCACAACUGAAGGAACCUACGGAGCAGGCAUAUAUUUUGUUAGUUUGGAUCAACGUUGUGGUGAAAGGCGAGUUGAGGCAACGUUUCGGCAGCCCGUAUACGAUGCAAGUGUCCCGUGAGACGUCCUACGAAGAUUUACAGAAACUUUUGCUAAAGGAGAUGCACAGUGUUUUAGCCGACGAUGUCCUCACGUCGAGCCAGAGUCCUGGCCUGUUUAAUAUUCGGGUCGCGGAUCCGGCAGCCACGCCGAUCCAAGACGAACACCCUUGCAUAGAUCCCUGCGUCGAACAUCCUCUUUACACGGAGCAGAUCGAGCAAGCAUUGGCGCUAUGCGCGGACGAUUCAGGUCCUCAGCACGUUAAAUUGAUCCUCGAAUGGGACGAAGCGAGCAAAUGCAACAUCAUUCAGGACGAUACAGAUCAGAUCGAGGAACACGCCAGCGUGAAACAGUUGAAGAGUAACUCGGAGGUGGGUGGUGCCGUUACGCUCGAGGAAUGUUUCGAUCUCUACACCAGAGCUGAGAUAUUAGGCGCCGAAGACGCCUGGCAUUGCCCCUACUGCAACAAAAAGCAAGAAGUUGUGAAAAAGUUGGGACUCUGGUCGUUGCCGGACAUCUUGGUCAUACACUUGAAACGAUUCCGACAACAGUCGAAACAGAGAUCCACCUCGAAGUUGACCAUGUUGGUCGAUUUCCCUUUGUACGGUUUCGACAUGACUCCUCAUCUCGCUCACAACGGAGUGCAGUCGCAUAAUAAUGUCGCGAGCUUGGGAGGUCUUGGCUGGUCGCCUUGGAAGAAACCAAGACCUCGUCAGCAAAAUAUUCCAAAGUACGAUGAAAACGUUUACGACCUUUACGCGAUUUGCAAUCAUCAUGGCCAAGAUCUACAAGGUGGUCAUUACACGGCCUUCUGUCGAAAUCCUUACGACACUCAGUGGUACUGUUUCGACGAUACGCGAGUCGAAGCGGUCAAUGACACCAAUUUGAUUACCAACGCCGCGUACAUGUUGUUUUAUCAACGAAGAGGUUUGACCAACAAUUCCGGCAAUUCUUCGGCCGCGUCCACGAGUUCGGCCGGAUCGGGCCUCGAUCAUUGGGUUUCCAAAAUGCCACCCUUUUACUUCAACAACAAGACUAAUAGCAGUAACGUCACGAACAAUAACCAAAGCAAGUCGCAGGAGAUACUGUGCCAAGAGAAGAUCGUAGAAGAGAAGAAUAUCACGAACUUCAAUAGAGGCUGUCGCAAUUACGCUACGUUACAACCCAAGAAGAGGAACGUUGCCACGGAAACGGACAUUGGACAGAUCGACCAUUAUUCCGACGACGAAGCACCUUGCAGGAGAGAAUGGGCUUCGCCGAAACCUGUUAGAAAAAUGUCGUCCAUCACGUUAACGCCGCACGUGCCGCAACCCACGAUCAUUCAUAGCAGUAGCGAUCCAGACACAACCAUCAUUCACGAGUCAACGUUGUAACACACGAUUUAAGCCGGACGAUAUCUGGCUCAAGCAACGCUCAAUCUAUAGUGCCUGAAAUAUGGUGGGUGCGUCGUAAACAUUAUCAAAACAUUUGCAACGCCCAAAGUUGAAGGGCAACGUUGCCGCGAUAUUUGAAUCCGUUAAUCUUUUUACCGAAACAGGUUCGGUUCUAUUGGAAAAGUACUCGAAUCUGUCGCUAAUCGUUCGAUUUCUACGCAGCGAUACGUACGCUUCCUUCUACCGAUAUAUCCGAUUUUCGCAAAAAGAUAACCGAAACGUUCUACGUAUAUGA